CAAUUGAAAGGAGCUUUUGUUGUUGCACCUCGACCUCAUCCAAGAGCAGCAAGAACAACUUCAACAGAAGGAGAAGCAAUUAGCAAAAGAGAGGGAAGACAAAGAAGCUUUGCAAUGUCGUCUGGAGCGUAUGGAGCGGCGCAUGUCGCUGGUGAAACGGGAAGCGGCGCCGUCCGUGUCGUCCAUGAGCCCCGCCUCCUCCUGCUCCUCUCCGCUGAUGUUGUCAUCAGAACCCAGCACCAGCAGAGAGUCCCAGCCGUUCAGGAGAGGGGUCAAAAGAUCAUUUCAGGAUAGUUCAUCGUUUGGCAGAAGACUUGCAGCGAAGAAGAUCAAGCGAGCGAUUCACUUUUCCCAUCGAUCACAAAUAAAGGAGUCUCAUGAAGUCAGGGGUAGAACUGUGGACGGUCGGGGUAGCUCACAGGAGGACAGAAAUGAUGGGAUAAUGAGAACAUCUAUGGAGUACUACAGCUCCCUACACCAGGCUCCACCAUCACCAGUACUAACUGUCAAAACUCCACAGAAAAUCUCCAAGGAUGAUCUGCACUUGCCCCCAUGGAGAGUGAACAACCUGACAACUUCAUCCUUAGAUGAAAAAGACUUUGUUGAGGACAUCAGUGAUGAUGCAUACAACCGAAGACACCAAAAAUUGGAGUUAGACGAGAAGAAAAGAAAAAGAUGGGACAUCCAAAGAAUCCGAGAGAAACGUCAGUAUGAAAAGCUGCUGAUGCGAAACAUGAUGAAGAAGUGCAACAGUGACAAUAUCUGGGUCCAGCCAACCAUAGGCUCCUUCUUUCCUGAACCUGAAGAUGUGGAUUAUGUAGAGGUAGGAGACACAGUUCCAGUGGUAGCUUUUGGGCAGCCCCUACCCUCUAUCACCAAAAGAGAAUUCAGUCUACCCUGGAAUGUGGGUGGUUAUGGUUCCUCCCGAGGUCGAAGGUCACGGGGACGAGGCAGGGGAAGGCGGAAAUUCUACUAAAACACUGCAGAUGUCACUCAAGCACUUCUGUACCUGUUUCCGUAUUCAGUCUAAACAUUUUCUCUUAGACUGGGCUUUCUUUUUGUAAAGCUGACCAAAUCAGUGCACUCAGAUUCAACAUGUACUUGUAGUUGUAUUGAAAACAAUCAUUGUUUCCUACGUCCAAUUCAAUUCCUUAUGUUUUACCCUAAUAAUGAUACAAUACAUGUUAUUUUGUCCUAGAAUAUAACUUGUUUAGAAAUAAAGACACAGGCUUCAAAUUUGAAAACUAUCGGGAGUACAUUAGAUCUGUCUUUCACUCAAAUCUUAGUGCAAAAGCUCAACAUUUUUUCAGUGUGUCACUGUGUGUGUGUGUGUUUGUACAGUGUAUGGUAGUGUAGUCUCAAGAAACCAGACGACAGAAAAGAGUUAAUAGUUGUAAAUAAAAAAAAGAAGUACGGUAGUCAUGUCUCUACUGCAGGCAGUUUGAAACCCAUAACAGAGACUCAACUGUGUAUAGAGGAUUAGAAGAAGAGAGAGAUGGAAUUGUUAAAGUUGUCCAGUCCUACUAGUGUGUAAUGUUCAAACAGGGUUGUACCAUCACGUUUGGGGCUGUUCCAUUGUCAGGUUUAGGGAGACAGAACAGAAGGAGACCACAAAAUGUAAAGGUGAAUGGCCAACAGAUUGAAAAUGUAAAGUGCAGAUUCCCCCCGUAGACUUUCUGAAUGAGAUAGCCCAUGUAUAGAACUAGACUGUACCAUCUCUUGAGGAGGUGGGAACAAAAGUGUACAGAUGUAAGACUGGGCCUGGCCCAUGUUGAAACUCAGGUUGUCCGAUGCAGCGACUGUCUAAUGUAACUAAUACCGGGAUAGUAGUGUCCAGUGCUACCUUUUGUUGACAAGUAAGAAAUGAAGCCU